UAUCCAUGUGCUGUUUUCAAUAUACUAAACACCACAUUAGCUCACUUGUUUCGGCUUCACCAGACCACUUAGUUUUUAUAAUCUCACCGUCCACUCCAAUUACUAACAAAGUAACAAUAACAAAACAAAAGCGAUGAGAAUUAAAUAAAUAAUAAAAGUUUACAGCAAAGAAACUCUUAAAAGGCAUCUUCCCCGCCUUUAUAAAUCACAAAUCCCAUGCAUAUCUCAUUCAGACAGGAACACACCUCACAGGCCAAAUUUCCAAAAAAUUAUAUUUUGUCCAUUGAUUUCCUGAAUCCAAAGAAUGGCCCUGGAAGCUGUUCAGGCAACCUCUAGAACUAUAGAGCCAACUUCAAGUCCAAGGAUUUCUUUCUCUGCUGAUUUCCUUGAUGAAAACAACUUCAUUUCCAUCAACCCACAUUCUCAAAAUGAAGAAAAGGGGCAAGACAAAGGGAAGGAGGCCAAGGAGUGGGAGAAGGACAAGGCAAGAGCUGCAGAAUUUGAGUUCCUUUCAAGCAACGUGAGCAGCCAUGCCAUGUUGACAGCGGAUGAGCUUUUCUUUGAAGGAAAGCUGCUCCCCUUUUGGCAAAUGCAGCAUUCCGAGAAGCUCAACAAAAUCAGCCUUAAAACCAAAGCUUCUGAAGAGGAAGAGGAGGCAGAAGUUAACAAGGAGGAGAGUAGGGUAAGUUGGUUUGUGGACGAUGACCCAUCUCCAAGGCCACCGAAAUGUACUGUAUUGUGGAAAGAGUUGCUGAGGUUGAAGAAGCAGCGCGCUUCUUCUUUAUCCCCAUCGUCUUCUUCCUCUUCAACAUCGUCUUCUUCGAGCUCGCUGGCUGACGUAGCUACAGCAGAAGAAGGAAAAGAAGGGUCUGGGAAUAGAGAUAAGAAUGUGAAGAGGAUAAAGAAAGGGUUGGAAAGAACCAGAUCAGCAAGCAUUAGAAUAAGGCCAAUGAUAAAUGUGCCCAUUUGCACACAAGUGAAAAGCAGCGCAUUGCCUCCUCUGUUUCCCCUUAAGAAAGGAAGAUUAGAGAGGUGAAGCAAACAGAGCCAUAGUCGAGUUUGAUCUGGAAACUUAGGCUUGUUCAAUAUGUUCAUUUGUUUUUCAUUCGUUUUUAAUUUC